AUGAUGAGCUCAUAUUUCUUAAUCUACAUCUUGUGUUUUGCUCUCAAGGAUGCCUUGCAAGCUACAGGCUUGACGAUUGCGGGUGCUCACAGAUAUCCUGGUUCGAUCCAGACGUAUUACAAGCCUGUCAGUCGGCGCUUGUCGUUGUGCAAAGAUGGUCUUUUGCCCGGCCACUCUUACUUCCUCGCUCAUGCCACCCUGAUCACGGAUGGUCUCGUUGCCACCAGGCCUGCUACUCAGUUAGAUUCUUGCUCCAGUCCUGGCAAGGGGGACGCCACUACGCGAAGCCAUGGCUCGUUCAGAGAGUGCAUUCGUUCCACGCUUGGCGCGUCCGAGUCCUUUUCCUCGAAGGCCGUCUUUCCAGAGGAUCCGGCCUAUCCCGUUUCUACCCUUACUUACAACGUAGCCAUCCAACAUCAUGCAUCGGCCGUUGUCUACGCGGCCUCCGCGGAGGAUGUGUCGGAAGCCGUCAAGUGCGCUGCAGAAUUCAGAGUGCCGGUGGUUGCCCGCACUGGCGGUCACUCCUAUGCUAGUUUUAGCUCCUCUCCACACGGCUUGAUAAUCGACGUCACCAACCUUAAAGGCUUCUCAUUCGAGACAGACCAUGUCGGACAAGUAGCUGAAAAGGUAACAUUCGGCGCCGGAUUGCGUUUGGGAGACUUAGAUAUGGAGCUCCAAGACCACGAACGGGCCGUACCCCAUGGCGUAUAUCCCUAUAUCGGAGUCUCGGGACAUGCUACGUGUGGAGGGUUUGGAACGGCCUCUAGGAUGUGGGGACUGUUUUCUGAUCUCGUCGUUGAAUUGGAGGUGGUCUCCGCCAAUGGAACGAUUGUGAAAGCCUCGGAGAAGACAAACGCAGAUCUAUUCUUUGCAAUGAGAGGGGCAGGCCCUUCUUUUGGAAUUAUCACUGCAUUGACGAUGAGAACCCAAGAAGCACCCAGAAGUGUGAUCCUAUUCGAGAUCGGCUACGAAUUCCCUAAUCCAGAUUCCGCAGCCGCGACUCUCAACCAUUUCCAGAGCUGGGGUCGGAAGUCUGCCCCAUCGCAAUUAGGCAUCCGCUGGUCGGUCAAGCUCCAGCAUGAGCCGAACGAUCCAAAGAAAAUCGGCCUCGCGUGGAAGCUCCAAGGAAGCUUUUUUGGCCGCACGGCAAGGUUCAAUAGGACUAUCAAUAGGCUCACCAAAGACUUCAGCGUGAAGGGCGAGUUUUUGUCUAUCCAGCGCCUCGAUUGGUUGGAGAGCGUUCGUGCUCUCGGCGGCAAUCAACCGUUGAGCUCAGAAGGAAUCGACCCCAGUAAUACUAAUGUGAGCUACUACGCCAAGUCGUUCGUCGUCAGGGAUGCCAAUCCCUUGACCUACUCUCAAUGGACGAGCGUGAUGAAGAAGCUAUACGGGAUUGCGUCGGCGGUCAAAAGAUCGGAGCGAUUAGAUUGGUUCCUAGAAAUCGACUUGGUGGGUGGUCGCUACCAAGGACAAGAGACCGGUGUGCGAGGCUCGGGAAGCACGACAAGCUCGUUCGGACCGCGAGACGCACUCCUGCUCUUUCAAAUGGCCGGCUAUGGUCCCAAGGGCGCAAGUUUAGAGCAUGGCCGUCUGAUGGAACCCACCAAGAGAACCUCGCAGCAGAUAUAUGACGCUCUGGGAGGCGGCCGCAAAGAACUGACCGGGUUCAAUUGCUAUGUGGAUUCCGAAUUUUCAGCUGAAAGGGCUCAUCGCGAAUACUUCGGCGACAAGAAUACCGCGAUCCUGAGGGAGCUCAAGAACGUGUGGGAUCCUGCUCGGGUGUUUAAUCACCCCCAUAGCUUUUGA